AGCUUCAUUGGUAUCCUACUCUUUUUCUUCAGCUUAAUACUUCUUCUCUCUUGAUUCUACUACCUGACCGGACAAGCAAAUAUGGAGGUUCUACUUGGUAUCACCGGCAAGGACUUUGUCAUUCUGGCCGCGUCCAAGGCCACAAUGCGCGGACCGACAAUUAUCAAGGCUGAGGAUGAUAAGACACGGCAGUUGAACAAGAGCACCGUCAUGGCUUUCUCGGGGGAGGCGGGAGACACAGUGCAAUUCGCCGAAUACAUCCAAGCGAAUAUCCAACUAUACACGAUGCGGAACGAUGCCGAACUAAGUCCUAAUGCGGUGGCCAACUUUGUCCGGGGAGAAUUGGCACGGAGUUUGAGGUCGCGGAGUCCUUACAUGGUCAACUUGCUGCUUGGUGGAAUGGAUCCGAUUUCACAAGAACCGAGUCUGUAUUGGGUGGAUUACCUCGCGUCGUUGGCUCCGGUGCCUUAUGCCGCCCAUGGUUACGCACAGUUCUACUGCUUGUCCAUUCUCGACAAACACCACCACCCCGAUAUUAAUCUGGAGCAAGGCUUGAAGCUCCUCGAGAUGUGUACCGACGAACUGAAGCGCCGGCUGCCGAUUGACUUCAAGGGUGUUCUGGUCAAGGUGAUCUCGAAAGACGGCGUGAAGGAAGUAGACUUUGACAAUAACCGAAUCGUCACGAGCGCUUAAUCGAUUCCAGCGUUGUUGUAUCAUACCACGUUUCUCGAAUCUUUCCUUUUUCUAUUUAUUAUGGGACGCUUCUUUAUGAAAUCGGUUGCAUGGCAGGUAUUGCCAUGAUUUUGACGGGCAUGUAAUCGUCAGUUACUCAGUAGAACGAAUAAAAUGAUAUUACUGUGGUA